GUCAGCCAAUCAGCUGCCAGGCUCCUCCCCGGAUCCCUCUCUAGUCCCGGUCGGCUGGGGGGAAACCGCGUGGCUGCUGCUGGUCAGCCCUAUGAAUCCCUAUGAAGACCGUUCUGAUGCUUCUGCUCCAGCGGAGGGGACCGGGAUUGGCCAGCCAGUGGACGUGUCUGUUAUCAUUCCUACAUAUAAUGCUGAGGCCUGGCUGGAUGAAUGCUUGAAAUCUGUUUACCUUCAGGACUUUCCAGGGACCCUGGAGGUUUCCAUCUACAAUGAUGGCAGCACGGAUGACACUGCCAACCUCAUACGGCAAUGGAAAUCAAAACUUGAAGAUCGAGGAAUUGACAUGAUUGUGGGAGGUCACAAUUCAUCGAAACCCCGUGGAGUUGGUUACGCAAAGAACCAAGCCAUUCAGCAAAGCUCUGGGCGCUACUUGUGUUUUUUAGAUUCGGAUGAUGUGAUGAUGCCACAAAGAGUCAGGUUGCAGUACGAGGCGGCUGUUCCUCUCCCGAAGAGUAUCGUUGGAUGCCGGGUGAGGCGGGAGCCGGAGGAGGCGACAGAACGAUACACCCGAUGGAUCAACAGCCUGACUCCGGAGCAGCUUCAGACACAGGUGUUCACAUCACAUGGGCCGACCAUCAUUAUGCCGACCUGGUUCUGCUCCAGAGAGUGGUUCUGUUAUGUGGGACAGUUUGUUGAAGAUGGACAGGGAACUCCGGAAGAUUUAUUGUUCUUUUACGAGCACCUCAGGAAAGGUGGAGAAGUGCACCGCGUGGAUGAAUGUCUCCUGAAGUAUCGCUACCAUGAGGGCGCCGCGACGCACGCCGUGUCAGAGGAGACGAUCUGGAACAAUCGGGUGAAGUUCCUGGAAGAGAGAGUCCUCCAGCACUGGCCGUCAUUCACUAUCUGGAACGCGGGAAAGCAAGGGAGGAAGCUGUACCGGAGUCUGACCCCUAAUAACCGAGAGAAGGUAACGGCGUUCUGCGAUGUCGAUUGCAAAAAGAUCUGCAAAGGUUUCUACACACACGAGGAGUCCGAGAAAAGACCAAAACCAAAGAUUCCUAUCCUCCAUUUUAAAGAAGCCAAACCGCCAUUUAUUAUCUGCGUCAAACUGGAUCUGACUGGAGGAGGAUUGGAGGAGAAUCUGCACUCACUGAACCUGAAGGAAGGUCUGGAUUAUUAUCACUUCAACUGAGGGGCUUAUCCCAGGAUGGGGAAUGUUCUCUGAGGGGCCGAUGUGGACAGACGACGAGACACAACAUGCGAUUCGGAGAGAUGCAGCCGACUCCCCGUGUAAUGUAAAGGGGGUUACAUGACUUUUCUAGGCAGAUCAUUAAUAAAUGUAUAUACAAUGUUUUUUACACAAUGCAUGGGAUUGGUUUUCCCCUUUAUAUUCUGUGCUGGUGAUGAGUUAGUAAAGUGUACCUGUCUUCAGACACCCGGCACUGCAGCACUGAGGUCACUUUGGUGGGAGCGACGCUCGCCUUUACUGGGAAUCUUUUUAAAGUGUCGGCGAUCUCUUUGUGUCCAGUCAGCAGAUCUGGAUCCGCGCCGCGGCGGCGGAGAUAUCACACACUAUGUGCGGCUCGUAGUAAUUGACUGCAGGUGACUGUACAAUAAACAUGGUUUUAUUUUAGAAGUGA